CAAGAGCAAGAAAUAGAGGAAAGAAAGAGAGAAGAGAAAGAAAAGAAAAGAGAAAGGGAAGAAGAAGAAAAAAAGAGAAUAGUGAUAGAUAAAGCUAACGAAAAACGGAAAGCACGAGAUGAAAAACUAGUCGAAUACAAGCGAGAGGAAGAGAAGACAGGAAGAAGAAGGCCAAUAGAUAAAGAG